UUGGAGUAACUACAGUAGAGCGCUGCUAAGAGGAGGUAGGGUUAUAUACUUUGGGAUAUUGCUCGUUUCGAGUCAGUUAUUCUUCGGUACGUUUGAAAGAGAGUAAUUUAUGGAUAUUUACUGACUCGUGACGCAAACUGAUUUAAACGUUUCAGUCCGAUUUGGUGUACUGGUUCGACCUGUAAAAGAACCAGUUCAAAGAAACGAUUCUUUCGCGAAACGGACAUCACAUAAUAUACAGUAGCUGCUCGUGUCGCUAGGCUUUAAUUCUGGAUUUACAGAGGACGGGAUGAAACAAUCAUCACAUUUUGCACAUAAAUGCUGAUGCUCCAUACUUUAACAUCCAGCAUUUAAAAACUCCGGACUGUUUAAAGCUAUGGACCCCGUAACGAGAUGGACACCAAAGCAGGUUGUUGACUGGAUGAAAGGUCUGGACGAAAGCCUUCAACAGUAUGUGCACAACUUUGAAAGGGAGAAGAUUAAUGGAGAACAGCUACUGAAGAUCUCUCAUCAGGACCUCGAGGAACUCGGCGUGACUCGCAUUGGCCAUCAGGAGCUGGUUUUGGAGGCUGUAGAUCUGCUCUGUGCUCUGAACUAUGGAGUAGAGACAGAUAACUUGAAGAACCUGGUGGUGAAGAUGCGAAAUGUGACCAAAAGCCUUCACACUUCAACGUCAGAACGCAGGAAGAGUCCUGCAUGUGACAGCAGCACAUCCAGCAAGAUCCCAAACGAAUUCCUGUCAUCUGUCGUGGAGCUCAUCGGAUCAGCCAAAAGUCUCUUGGCAUGGCUGGAUAGAACCCCAUUGACCGGUAUCAGUGAUUUCACAUCCACCAAAAACAAAAUCAUUCAGUUGUGUCUGGAAUUGACCACUACAGUUCAGCAGGACAACACGGUCUAUGACAUAGAAGAGAAGAUUUUGGGUAUUUCGACGGUGCUAAACAGUAUUUGUGACCAGACGGUAAGAACCACCUCUGAUCCUCUGAUGAGCCAGUCCGCAUGUCUGGAAGAAGUUCAGUUGACCAACAUCAAACCAGGAGAGGGAUUGGGCAUGUACAUCAAAUCCACCUACGAUGGGCUUCACAUCAUCACUGGCACCACUGAGAAUUCCCCAGCAGAUAUGACACACAAGAUCCACGCUGGAGAUGAAGUCAUCCAGGUCAACCAGCAGACAGUAGUGGGUUGGCAGCUAAAGAACCUGGUGUCCAAGCUGAGAGAAGAUCCUAAAUGUGUGACGCUUCUUUUAAAAAAACGACCAACAGGAACCUCGGGAUUCACCCCAGCCCCCCUGAAAAACAUGCGUUGGAAACCGCCCGUGCCUCAGAGCUCCAGUUCUCCGAAUAAAACCCAAUCACCGGGUGACUCCACCAAACUCAAUGGGAGAAAAGAAAAGCCAGCAAUACUGGACCUGUAUAUACCUCCACCUCCAUCAGUGCCUUACACACCACGGGAGGUAAGGAACGGAUCUUACACCAGCGUCAAUCCCAGACCUAAAGGCUCGGAGUCUCCAAACUCCUUCCUGGACCUGGAGGGUCACCGGCGCUUCACCGUUUCAGAAUACGACAAACUCUCUGUUCACCCUGUUGAGGUCAACGUACAGAUGCGUCCAAGAGGAAAAGCUCCUUCACAUGGUAAACCACGACCCCUGUCUAUGCCAACAGAUACAUGUUUGAAUGUGGCAGACCUGUAUGCCAGGCCCUGGGCACAGGGACGAAAAGGUGAGGAUCUGCUUUACAGAUACCUAAGCAACGAACGUAUACCAACUAUCACAGAAGAAUCACAAGAAUCACCAGCUCACGGGGUUGAGCGCAGACAGAAUCACAGAUUCAUCUUUAGUACAGACCUACACAACAGUGCCACCAUCCCUUAUCACGAGGACUUAAUGAAAAAGACCCCCAUGACAUCAUCACCCAAACGUCCCUCUGCGGAGCCUUCACUACUGGUCAGUUGGAUCACAAGACUUAAGCUUUUGACUCACUAACGCGUCAGCUUGCCGUCUGCCCCGGGUUCCCUGUCUGUCACCUCGGUGCCUUUGUCCAGCUCUGUUUCUCACGUCCAUCUCCCUUUCACUGUCUUUCUCUUGGGAUUUUUCUUUGUGCCUCUUAUUUACCCAUAAUGCCGCUGGACUAGAUUGCCUUAACGCGCUUAAAAUUACUCGACCUCAAUGAAUGUUUGGAAACACAUUUUUGGGGAAUUCGUUUUUGUCUUUUCAAAACCACAUCAGAAAACAAUAUCAGGUUUGAA